AGGCCGGGCGGCGGGGCGCGAGCCGCUUUCUCCUCAGCCGCCUCGGCUCGACGACCGACGGCUGAGGGGCUUCUUCCAUGGGGACCGUUGGAGCACGACGACGACGACGACGACUCCUCUCCUCGGCCUCCUUCUCCUCACGGAUGUGAUCUUCAUGGUGUGCUUGUGGGGAAGCUGAGUUUUUCAACCACCCCAAUGGAUGCAGACAGCGACGUUGCAUUGGACAUUUUAAUUACAAACGUAGUCUGUGUUUUUAGAACAAGAUGUCAUUUGAACUUGAGAAAGAUUGCUUUGGAGGGAGCUAAUGUGAUUUACAAGCGGGAUGUUGGAAAAGUAUUAAUGAAGCUUAGAAAACCUAGAAUCACGGCCACAAUUUGGUCCUCAGGAAAAAUUAUUUGCACCGGAGCCACAAGUGAAGAAGAAGCUAAGUUUGGUGCCAGACGACUAGCCCGCAGUCUGCAGAAACUAGGUUUUCAGGUAAUAUUCACAGAUUUUAGAGUUGUUAAUGUUUUGGCAGUGUGUAAUAUGCCUUUUGAAAUCCGAUUGCCAGAAUUCACCAAGAAAAACCGACCUCAUGCCAGUUAUGAACCAGAACUUCAUCCUGCGGUGUGCUACCGAAUAAAAGCCCUAAGAGCUACGUUACAGAUUUUUUCAACAGGAAGUAUCACAGUAACAGGGCCAAGCGUAAAGGCUGUUGCUACGGCUGUGGAACAGCUCUACCCCUUCGUGUUCGAGAGCAGAAAGUAAAUUUUUUUAAGAUUCACCACUUCAUUGGUUAGGCUUCCUAACUGAGCACCUUUUAAAAACUGCUGCACAUUGGACUCAAAGCAAAAGGAAAGCAGGACCAACGAGGAAACAGACUCUUAUUUGUUCAUAGCCCCACUGUAAGUGCCAGUCCCUUUGGGUUUGAUUUGGAACAGUGCUGUAGUAGAAAGAGAGACGUUUACAAAGACAUGAAAUUGCUGCUUUUACAAAGGACAUUCUAUUUAUUUUCGCAGUAAUUCUUGUGUCCUAUUAAGCAGAGCUGUCAGGGUGUGCACUACCCUUCAAACAUUUUUUUUUUUUUCAGUUUGAGCUAAUGUGUUUUAUUUGUGAAUAGCCUUUUACAUUUUUGUAAGCUGAAUAUGGGCACCAAAGAAGCUGUAAACGUUAUCUUUUUCAAUUGAUGAAUGUGCACAAAUAAAGGUUUCAAAAAUA